ACACACGAUACGAGUUUUGGUUUUGGUUAGAAUUCUGUUCUGUGAAAAAGAUGAUGGCCAGUGCUCAAGUGCAAGCCGUAGUGGAGGAGGCUUCAAAGAUGCAGCAGCAGGAGAAGCCAAAGGAACAGAAUGAUGACUCUGCUGGGGAGAAGGAAGAACACAGCGAUGUCCCAUCCCCAAGAACCGCGCGACAUCCGUUGGAGAAUGUGUGGACUCUGUGGUACUUGGAGAACGAUCGCACCAAACACUGGAAGGACAUGCUCAGUGAAGUCGCGAAGAUCGACAGUGUGGAGACCUUCUGGAGCCUGUAUUACACCAUCAGGCCACCAUCGGAACUGAAAGUGGGAUGCGACUACUCCAUGUUUAAGAUGGGCAUCAAGCCCAUGUGGGAAGAUGAGGCCAACAGCAGGGGAGGCCGCUGGCUGAUUAGCGUCAACAAGAACUCCAAGGCGGAACUAGAUCGCCUCUGGCUGGAUAUACUCCUCAUGAUGACGGCGCGCAUCUUUGCCAACUCCGAGGAGAUAUGCGGUGCAGUGAUCAAUAUUCGGGCCAAGAACAAUAAGAUCUCUCUUUGGACUGCCAAUGGUAGCAACAAAUUGGCAAUUCUCGAGAUUGGCCAGAAGCUAAAACUCUUCCUCCAUCUGCAGUCGAACAAUCUGCAGUACCAGCUCCACUCGGAUGCCAUGUGCAAGGCCAAUUCGAGCGUCAAAUCGAUCUACACCGUUUGACAGAGGGAAAGGUAUUGGAUUGCCAGCCCUCGCAGAUCUGUUUCGAUGUAUAUGCCAAAAUUGUUUGCGAUAUCAAAUUUGAAUUAAAAUUUAAGCAAGAGAGAAACGCCAUUUAGUUGUGUAAAA